GUUCACAGAGCCUUGUUCCUCUCCGCUGUCUGCACUACAGCACCUUGCUGAGCUCCAAGCAGCCCCUUCACCCCUUCUCGGGGUCACUGUGGAACGACCAUGGCAGACACCGGGGAGGGGAAAAAGGAGGAGGCUGAUUAUAAAAGACUUCACAGCUUUCCACUGAUUAGGCACACAGACAUGCCGGAGGAGAUGCGUGUAGAGGCCAUGGAGCUGUGUGUCACGGCCUGUGAGAAAUAUGCCACCAACAACGAGAGUGCUGCCAAGAUGAUCAAAGAGAUGAUGGACAAGAAAUUUGGGUCCUCCUGGCAUGUGGUGAUUGGGGAAGGCUUUGGCUUUGAGAUCACUCACGAGGUGAAGAAUCUGCUGUACAUGUUCUUUGGUGGCAGCCUGGCUGUGUGUGUUUGGAAGUGCUCCUGACAUCUGGCCAGGUCCCAGACUCGCUGCAUACAAGAGAUUUUUUCCUCUUCUGACAGGUUUUGUAUAAACUGGAGGUGGGGCUUUAUUUUUAAUAGUUAAACAUCAAGAUUUUUUUUUUCAUGCUGACGUAACAGUUCUGUGGGAUACAUAUAUUUGGUGCGUGCGUGUGUAUAAACUUGCUAAGCUGUCCUCUC